AUGGCGGCACUUCCGCUUCCGCUGGGGGAGCGGCGCGGGAGCGGCGGCGGAGCGGGGGCCCUGCCGGGGCUCCCAGUCCCAAACCAGUGCCCCCAGUCCGUAACUGGGGCCAUUCCCACCCCAUCCCAGGCCGCCCGCUCCGCCUACCGCCGGAUCCUGUCCGAGUCCGCCCGGAAGCUGAAUUCCCAAGGCUCCCAGCUCGGGAAUUGCAUCGAGAGGGCCCGGCCCUACUACGAGGCUCGCCGGAGAGCCAAGGAGGUACCGGGAAAAUCCAUGGAAAAGGGCCGGGAAGGCCCCGGGAAAGGGGAAUUCCGGGUGUCCCGUUCCCUGAGCUCCACUCCCGGCACUCCCAGCUGGGAAUUGCUGAGCCAGGGAGGUACCAAAUCCUGGGAAAACAGCCUGGAAAACCCUUGGAAAAGGGGCUCGGAUUCCGCGGGAUUGCAGGUGAACGAGGCGGAGGAGGAGCGGGUGCGGAGCGAGCGGGAGCACCAGCGGGUGACACGGCUGUGCCAGGAGGCCGAGGCCGAGGUCCAGGCGCUCCAGAAGUCCCUGAAACGCGUCAUCCUGCGCAGCAAACCCUACUUCGAGCUCAAGGCCCAGUUCAACCAGAUCCUCGAGGAGCACAAGUCCAAGGUGACGGCCCUGGAGAGCCGCGUCUCCCAGGCCAAGACGCGCUACUCGGUGGCCCUGCGGAACCUGGAGCAGAUCAGCGAGCAGAUCCACGCCCGGCGCCUCCAGAGGCUCCUCCAGCGCCGGGAAUCCCCGGUGGGGGCCGAGAGCAGCCCCCGGCACCCCAGCCCGGAGUCGCGGGGGGCGGAUCUGGGGGCGGAGUGUCCGGCCGGGGACUCCCUGUCCGUGCUCAGCCUCCAGACCGUCGCCUCCGACCUGCAGAAGUUCGACUCCGUGGAACACUUGGUGGGGAUCUCGGACGCCGCCAGCCUGGGCAGCGACGAGCCGGGGGAGCGGGAGCGGCGCCGGAGCCUCCGGCACCACCGGAGCGUCAGCCUCUGACCCCGAAUUCCUGGGAAACCCCCCCCGAACACACUCGAAAGGCACCGGGAAUUCCGCCGAGGUUCUCAGAGUUGGUCCCGAAGCCCCCCCCGGGAAUUCCCCAAAUCCCACAGAAACCCUCCCCGAGUUCGCCCCGAACGCCUCCGAAAUCCCGCAGAAUCCCCCCCAAACUCCCCCGAAAUCCCCGCAAAUUCGCCCAAAACUCGUCCAGAAUUCCAC